AUGCAGGUAUUAACUUCUGAUAAAAUCGGCUUAGUAAAAUAUGUCCAAUGUAAAAGAAAAAGUUCAAUUUACGAACAAACAAUGGACCCUCAUUUGAAUAAAAUGAUUAAUGGAAUGACAUGGUCUGGUCGAUAUGGAGGAUAUGAAGAAACUGAAAUAACUUUAUGGAGAAAAAAUGGGCUAGUUGAAAGUUUCGAGAUUAACAAUAAUGAAAAUGAUUUUCACAUUAGCAAUGUACCCUCCCUAUCUUUUCUAAGUUGUAAUAAUUGUAUUUAUGGAAAAAUGCUAAAUCACCAUCAUAAUAUAAUUUAUGAAGAUGUAUUCAAUAAAAAUAAAAAAAUAUAUAAAAAUUAUUCCAAUUUUCUGCCCGCAUAUACUAAUGAAACAACAAAAAAUGGAAUAUAUAAAAACUACUUACAAAAUAGCAGAAUUUUAGUUACAGUUAAUAAUAAUGGUCAUGUUAGUCUUUUAAAUUGGGAUCAAACUUAUGAUAAUUGUAAAUAUCUAUUAGAAAACAACGAUGAAAUAAAAUAUAAUAAUGAUAUGGAAAAAAAAAUUAAUGUGUAUUUUAAAAAUUAUAAACAAAAUGUAUUAAACAAUAUUGAAUUUAAACAAAUUGAUGAUAAAAACCAAAAUAAAAUAACAAUAAAAAAUAACCAAUAUCAAAAUAUUCAUAUUGAAAAUAUAUGUAAAACAUAUCAUUAUAAUAAUAUGAUAUCAAAAGAAAAUAUUUUACAAUCAUAUAUUUUAGCGACCCCAAUAGAUGCAGCUACAACAAACGAGAUAUUAACUAAUAGAUUAGCUAUUGGCGGAUAUAAAAAUAAUUUAAAAAUAUUUGAUUUAUUUACUGGUACUUAUCUUUGGAAAUCAAAACCACUAGGUCCCACAUUGUUAAACAUUAAUUGCGAAUCCCUUAUCAAAUCUAUAACUUAUUUAAAUAAAAUUAAUGUUAAUAUAGUAGCAUGCUCUACAUAUGACCAUAAAAUUAUACUUUAUGAUAUCAGAUGCCAAAAUAAGCCUGUUUAUGUAUAUGAUCAUUAUAAAACAAAAAAUGUUGAUCAAAAUAAAUAUAACUAUUUUGAUCAUAAUUAUUCAGAAAGUGAUCUUAUUUUUACAUCUAUAUGUACUGAAUCACAUAUAACUAUUGAUCAUAUGAAUCAGCCAAUAGUAGAACCCAUAGACACAUCUGGAUUAACAAACGAAUUAGGAAAUUCUAAUGCCAACACAACUGACAUUGUUUCAUUCCCUAUUCCGGAAAAAACACAAAAUCACCAAAAUCAAGCAUAUAAAAAAUUUACAACAAACGAUAUCAAAUUGGCUAAUAUUAAAGCUUGUGAUAAUAUGAAUCACGAAAAACAAAAUGAAAAAGAACCUUCUAAAAAUACCAAUGAAGAACAAUGCAAUACAUAUUUUAUAAAACCCUUUGACGAAUCAGAUAAUCAAUUUAUUAUGGUUUCAGAUAAUUAUGGGAAUAUCUAUGAAUUUGAAAUAAUAACUGGAUUGAAAUUGUUAAAUUAUAUAUAUAUAAAAAAAAUGGCAUACGAAAAAAAUAAUUAUAAAGAUGAUGAACAAAAAAAAAAAAUUAGCCAUGAUGAAUAUUUAAUACAAAAUAAAGAUAAAUUAUACGAGUUUUAUAAAGAGUAUCAAAAAAAUAAUAAAACUCAUAUGAGAAAUGAUUUGCCAGUUAUGUGGGCUAAAAAUAACUUUCAACAAUUUAUAAUCAAUUUCGUCAAAAAAUAUAGAAUACAUAAUGGAGCCAUAUCAUCAUUGAGCUUACACAAAGAUGGAAAAUAUCUUUGCUCGGCAAGUUAUGAAAGAUUUAUAAAUAUAUUAAAUUUGAAAAGUAAAAAAGUUAUUAAACGGAUACAUGUAGGCCAUAUACCAACUAGCUGUUUAUUCCUUUCGAAAAUUAUUACUAAAAAUGAUAACGAAACAGAAGAUAAUAAAUCGGAUAUACAAAAUGAAUUUGAGAGCUCGUCUAUCGUUACCGAAUGGUCUGACAAAGAUGAAGAAGAUAAUCUCGAAAGGAAAACUAAGAAAAGAAAAAUAAAAGAUGAGGACGAUGAAGAUGAGGACGAUGAAGAUGAGGACGAUGAAGAUGAGGACGAUGAAGAUGAGGACGAUGAAGAUGAGGACGAUGAAGAUGAGGAUGAUGAAGAUGAGGAAGAUGAAGAUGAGGAAGAUGAAGAUGAGGAAGAUGAAGAUGAGGAAGAUGAAGAUGAGGACGAUGAAGAUGAGGAAGGAGAAGAAGAAGAGGAAGAUGAUGAUGAAUGA